AUGACUUCACCACCCUCAUCGCACUCUUCAAUCCCUCCGCCCAUCCCCGUGGACACGCAUCCCAACCGCGCCCAGCCUCCUGAGCUAGAUCGAAUCCCCGAUCCCAAUCGCCUAGCACCAGAAGAUGCCUACUUCGCGCCAUCGCUAGCAAGAGCCCGCUCUGCGCCAUUAAAUUACGACGACAGUCUUCGCUCGCUGAGUAGUGAUGGCACUUUGCGACCUCCGCAUGGGGUGCUGGAUUCCGGCCGAAAGGAACCGCGGAAAUUGGGAAGUACGGGUGGACGGCGGAGGAGGAAGGGAGCUUGGAAGAAAUUGCUCUGGGUGAAACAAUCUUACCCGGACAACUACACCGAUACCGAGACAUUUUUGGAUCAUCUCCAGCGAAACCCGCGCGUGCGGCCGUAUGAUUUCUGGCCUUUAGUAUCUGAUUCGACGGUCAUUGUGCAACAUGUUUGUUCGGUUGUUAUCUUUGUGUGCUGCUUUGUUGGAAAUGUCCAGGACCGAGUGAGCCCUGUUUCGAUUGUUUGCUGGGGAAGUGUUGGCACAGCUAUGGGGUGGAUUCUCUGGGACAAUUGGAUCUGGAUAGAACAGACAGAGUUGUCUCAGGCGGCCAAUGGUGUGCUUGGUGACGAUGGCUCUAGCUCAAGUUCCGUUGCGAGUGCUCUUAAUCCAGCUGGCAAUGAUGUCCAAUCCAAUGGCUUGAAGGGCAGCCCGAUUCAUGGACUCGGACUGACAAUGGCUGGAAGUGAGUCUAAAGAACUUUCGCCACAUCGACCGAACAAAAACAAUGGGUCCCUCGGUGCCUCAGAGGCAACAUCUGGAUUCGGGGAGUUCACUUCCACUACUGGUCGCGACAUGGACGAGCAAGACAUAGACCGAUCUUCACUUUUCUCUUCGCGCAAUCGACAGCGCCUCUCGACCGUCAAAUCUGCGUUUCUAAUUUACUUUGCGCUACUGGGAUUGAGUCCCAUUUUGAAGUCACUCACCAAAUCUACCGCCAGUGAUUCUAUCUGGGCGAUGAGUUGCUGGCUUUUAUUCAUGAAUAUAUUCUCCUUCGAUUAUGGGAGCGGCGAGGGCGCCGGAGCCACUACAAAGUUCCCAGCUUCUUUGUCUACGAACGCAGCUGUCAUGGCCUCAACUGUGCUUGCGUCUCGCCUGCCAACAACCACUCACGUGUUCAGUCUAAUGCUUUUUGCCAUGGAAGUAUUUGGAUUGUUCCCCAUAUUCCGUCGUCAGCUGAGACAGAAAUCAUGGACCGGCCAUGCGGUGCUCACGCUUGCCUUGGUUAUCAUUGCUGGGGGUGCCGUUGGUAUGACUCUCAGCGGUGGGUGGGCCUCUGCCAUCAUUGGCUCUGUACUAGGCAGUAUGCUGACUGCGCUUACAAUGGGCGGCUGCAGUUGGUGGCUCAUCAGUCUCCAGAAGUACAAAAAUGUGGUUAUUGGUCCAUGGGAUCCAGCUCGGCCCAUCAUUCGACGACACUGGAAUUAA